CCCAAAACGCUUCUAACCCCCCCCCAGACACCCCAAAACCCCCUUUAACACCCCCCUUUAACCCCUUCCAGCCCAGCACCGGGCCUCAAACCGGGGUUAAACCGGGCUAAACCCGUUGAUUUUGGGUGUUGCCAACGCUUAAGGGAAGGCACCGGGAAGCUCCGGUGUUCCCGGAGGGAAGCGGCGUCGGUGGCUGCGCUUCCCACCCCUCCUCUUCCUCCUGUGCCUCCUCCUCCUCCUCUUCCUGUCAAUCCGGCCCUCCCGGCUGGGAGCAGGAGAGGGAGGAGAGCGGGGCUGAGGGGGGAGAGAAGGGAAAAAGGAGGAAAAAGGAGGGAUAACGAAGGGAAAGGGAGGAAUAGAGAAGGGAAAAGUUGGAAUAAAGAAGGAAAAAGGUGGAAUAAAGAAGGAAAAGGGAGGAAAAAAGCAGGAAUAAAGAAGGAAAAGGGAGGAAAAAAGCAGGAAUAAAGAAGGGAAAGGAGGAAUAAGGAAGGAAAAAGCCAAUAGGGAGGAUAAAGGAAUAAAGGAGGCAAAAGGAGGAAUAAGGAAGGAAAAAGCCAAUAGGGAGGAUAAAGGAAUAAAGAAGGGAAAAGAAGGAAUAAAGAAGAAAAAGCUAGGAAUAAAGAAGGAAAAAGCAGGAAUAGAGAAGGAAAAAGCAGGAAUAAGGAAAAGGAAUAAAGAAGGAAAAAACAGGAUAGAGAAGAAAAAGGAAUAAAGAAGGAAAAGGCAGGAAUAAAGAAGGAAAGGCGAGGAAAAAGCAGGGAAAAAAGGAGGGAAAAGUAGGAAUAAAGAGGGAAAAGCAGGAAAAGAGAGGAGGAAAGAAGGAAGCGGAGGGAGUGCGGACCCACAGCGGCGGAGCGGCUGCACAGAGCAUCUUGGCCAAAGAGUUUGCAGGAAAACCCCUGUGGAAUUGCAGGAUUCCGACCUUUCCCCGCGCCACUUCGGCUCCAUCAAACCCUUCAGUUCCUCCCAGGGAGAUAUUUGGGAUGCAGCAGUUCCCGAACAGACCCGGAGUGUUCCCAGGAGCCUGAUCCAGACCCACUCGAAGCCGGACACCACGGUGAGGCUCCUGAUGGAGCAGCCACCGGAGCAGGAAGGGAUGCUCCCAGCCCCUUCCAGUGGGAAAGGGACCCCCCAGCUCCCGGAGGAGGCUGUUGGCGGGGAGGAAAAGCCGACUGGAAGCCAGGAGAUCCCGGCCGCGGAUGGGUCUUGUGCCCCACAUCUCCCCCCCCACCGAGCACCUGCAGGAGGAUGCUGAUGAGAAGCAGUGUGUGGAGGAUGGGGGGUCCCUGCCGGCUCCCCCCGUGCCCAGCCCCGGUGCUGGGGCGCUGGGGUUACCCUCUGAGCCCCCCCAAAUCCAGACCCCGAGUCGGGAAGCGGAGGAGGAAUUCUACUGCGUGAAGUGGAUCAGCUGGAAGGGCGAGAGGACACCCGUCAUCAUGCAGAGUGAGAACGGGCCCUGCCCGCUCCUGGCCAUCAUGAACAUCCUCCUCCUGCAGUGGAAGGUGAAGCUGCCCCCGCAGAAGGAGGUGGUCACGGCCGAGGAGCUGAUGGCACAUUUGGGGGACUGCAUCUUGGCCACCCAGCCCCGGGAGCCAUCGGAGGGGCUGCAGCUCAACUUCCAGCAGAACAUCAGUGACUCCAUGAUGGUCCUCCCCAAGCUCUCGACGGGGCUGGACGUCAACGUGAGGUUCACGGGGGUCUCAGACUUCGAGUACACACCUGAGUGCAUCGUCUUCGACCUCCUCAACGUCCCGCUCUACCACGGCUGGCUGGUGGACCCCCAGAGCCCGGAGGUGGUCCAGGCCGUGGGCAAGCUCAGCUACAACCAACUGGUGGAGAAGAUCAUCACCUGCAAACAGGCGAGUGACUCCAGCCUGGUGAGCGAAGGGCUGGUGGCAGAGCAGUUCCUGGAGUCCACGGCCUCCCAGCUCACCUACCACGGGCUGUGUGAGCUCACGGGGGCCGUCAGGGAGGGCGAGCUCAGCGUCUUCUUCCGCAACAACCACUUCAGCACCAUGAUAAAGCACAAGGGCCACCUUUACCUGCUGGUGACGGACCAGGGCUUCCUGCAGGAGGAGAAGGUGGUCUGGGAGAGCCUCCACAACGUGGAUGGAGACAGUUGCUUCUGCGACACCGAGUUCCACCUCAGCCACACUCCGGGCAAGGAGGGGGCUGCUGCGGCCCCCCCGGACCACCAGCUCCAGCAGAGCCAAGUGGACCAGGAUUACAUGAUCGCCCUGUCCCUGCAGCAGCAGCAGGGGCAGGAACCCUCCACCCUCAGUGACCUGGAGCUCGCGCAGCGGCUGCAGCAGGAGGAGUAUCAGCAGCAUCAGCAUCCUCCUCCUCAGCAUCGUCAUCACCCCCCGCAGCAGCCACAGCCCCCAGCGCAGGCCCGGGGGCGGCCGCCCGGGGAGCAGAGGCAGCGGCAGAAGCCGGACUUGGACUGUGUCAUCCUAUAGCCCCUGCGGGGAGCAGCGAGGGGGCCCUGCCCCAGCCCUGCCUGUGGCACCCCCUCAGCUCCUCAGGGGCUUGUGAUGGGGUCCCCACAUCUGGAGACCCCCAAUUUCCCACUCUCUGUCCUCCAGGGAGAUCCCGAGGGGGUCCCUGGGCACAGAAGUAGGGACAAACGCAUGGAGGAAGGUGGGGUCCUUCCCCCCCACACUGCUGGGACCACCCAAAUCUUACCAGUGGCCUUAACACGAGGGGUCCCCCCUGCCGGGGGACACGUGUCCGGGGGGGACACACACGCACACCCCGCCCCGUGUCUGAACCGUGGCCUUAGCCCUUGGCAAAUAAAGGACUUGUCCCCAUG